GUCUUCAAGGCCAAAGCUCUGGACCAGGUACGGAACCCACCUGCAUCGCUGCCCAAAGAGGCGUGGGCCAUGGUUGGAGGCUACGAUGCUGCCCAGCCUGCCUCAGAGCUCCUUCAGUACAUGAUGCGCGAUAUGCCGGAUGGCACGCGCCAGCCGAGCAUUAUCUACAACGGCUUCUUAGGGGACGACUACCAGCCGUUGCCGCUAGAUGAAGCCAGCUGCCGAUGGCUCCGGGCGGGAGGCGUUCGCUUCGUGGCCUCCGGACAUUUGCCGAACGGCGAUGCUCCGUUGGUGAUGCGCUAUGAGGAUGUCACCAUCGUCAGUGCUGACAUCUCCUACGCCGAAAGCGUCAGCUACGAGGACGCGGAAAGCGAUCGGCUUCCCUCCGGAGAAGCCGUCUGCGAGGUGCUUUUCUCUCCGACGAUGGAGCAGGAGAGCCGUGUCCAUGGCACUCUCCGAACUGGCCUCCGGCACUCUGCCAGACUCGGCGAUGCCGCGCUGGGAAAGGUAGCUGCUGGAAACUGGC